ACCCGAGUCUUUUCAAUUCUUUUGGCUCCGGAAAAGACAUUCAUCCUUUCAUGAGUGGGUGACCAGAUGUGACCAGCUUCUCGUAGGAGCUGGCAACAUGGCGGCGAGCUCCAAGAAUCAAGAUUCGUCAUUCAGACUUCCGAAGUUGUGACCCAUAGCUUGGCUUCAUUCCGCUUGGAUGAGCUGGGCGGUGAAAAAGGAAAGCUGGGAGAAUCUGGUUGAGAAGCCGUUAUGCUUUGCAGAGCUCGGCGUCAAAGUGCGAAGAAGGAACUAGCUCAAGAAAGCUCAUGGGAAAAGAGUCAAGUAGGGUCUCUGGAGCAUACGGGCAGCUUGCGUUCUGUAGAAGGUCAAAGAUGAAGGCGUGUCCCUCCAGGAACAACCCUCUGCUUACAACCCUCCAAGAAUAAUCCCAAAGUUUCAUGGAAGAUCUGACUAAGCUGGUUGUUAAAGGUAUCACAAGGUUCUCGUCGAUACCAGGUGAUUCUGGCUGCCGUUGCUGUGAGCAAAGCCUUUGUAGCCCUCAACCUGAGCUCAAACUCGCAGGACGGUGGCACCCUGCUUAGAGGUCAGAGGCAUGAUGAGCGUUAUGGGGCCUGGGACUUGCUCUAGCAAGCCCCUGCAAGCCCUUCCCCCUUCCGCCCUUUCUGAUGCACUCUGCAGUACCCUUACAACAGUUUCCCUUGCCACGCUUUCACAGGCCAGCUCAAAUGCAGCUGCACCCACCCUAGUCACAGACCCUUCUCAAGCUCGUCCAAACAUUGACACCAGCAGAGAGCAGGAGGGGGCAAUGGGAGGGUGGUGUCAUGAACCGGGCACGGGGUUGGGUGACAACGUGAUGUGGUCAGUUGAGGGAGGGAAGGGUGUGAUGCUGGAAGGGUUGCGAGGUGACAUGUCUGGCGGCCUCUUCAGCUCAGUGCGUUUUCCCGAGCUGUGCCAAUCGUGUACGGCACAGGCGCAGGGGAAAAAACAACAGGGGGGGGUCUGCGAGAGUCCGCUCUUCCAAGAGCUACUGAAGGGAUUGGACAUAGACACUGCACUCUCCAUCGCGUGUGUGAAUAGGCCCCCGAGCGAGCGCCGCUUCGGGCUUGAGCUGCUGGCAGUAUUGGCCGAGAAGGAAGAGUGGACUCUCAGGGGGCGACCUGAGAAUCAGUACCUGGGUUGUCUCCAAACCUACCUCGACCAACAGUUCCUGCAAUUGGUUGAUGAAGGGAAGGUGGUUGAACGGGUCGACCAAUCUGGACGUGCCACCUGGGCAUGCUUCUGCACGGGGCUGCUCUCUCAAGAGAGCGGGGAGCUUCUCUACUGCAUCGCCAAGCGUGCUGAGGAUGGAGCUUCCCCCGCCUGGCUCCUACACGCUUUCGUGACUGCGAGCAAGCUCCAGGACGGCGGCCAGUUAUGGAAUCAGGGUUGUGACGUCAUCCGGGCCCCAAGCAAGGCAACCUUCUUUGCAUCAGUAUCGGACCUAGUGUUCGACAUCAGGAGCUUCUCUGGCGAGGUCGACGCCGAUUCCGAGGUUUGGACUUCCCUAGACUCCGUGAGGGCCUGGCUUCCCCGCUCUCUCCAAGACGCCGAUUCACACCUCCUUCAGAAGGCCCUGAGUGCAGCUGCCAAGAGGAGUGUGAACAGGGCCCGGGUCGACCCCUUCCAGAUGGUGCCGCAGUUUGUGCGGGAGAGAAGCGCCGGCAAGAUUCAGGCGUUGUUGCCGUUGGAAUUGGAGGGCGAGGUCACUGUAGCGCUGGUGUUGGAUGUCGAGAGGAGCGAUACUAGUGCAACAAUGCUUAAGCCCCGACAGCUGGCGCCGCUCCCCUCCGCGUACUCUGCCGCCCGCGUUCUCACCCCCCAGCACCAGCCAUGGAUCCUCCGUGCCUGCCUCGGUUCGUCUCCCCCGGGCACAAACGCCUGGCCUUUGUCCCCCCCGGAGCAGUACUCCGGGCACUCAACUAUUUCCGGGGGCAACCGACAUCUCGCCUCCGGGGAUCCCCGCUUCGCAGACAACGCCGUGGCAUCCCCCCCGAAGCUGAUCCCGACGCUGUCCGGGCUCCACAUUGACCCCCCCGACCUCGUAAACCCGCCGAAUCCCGAGGACGGGGAGAAGGGCCAGUCGCAUCCGGGUAGUCGGGGGAGCAGCGACGCCUGGAUCACGGGUAGUCUCGGGCAGGGGGGGCCGUUUAACACCACCAUGUUUGGUUCGGGGCCGAGCAGUGAGUCGGGGCAAUGCCUCUCGCCUCUGCGCCGCUCGCCCCCCUUGGACGAGCACAGGGCGUAUUCCCACCCGGAGGAUCCUCGGGCGUAUUCCCACCAGGAGGCGCGGGCGGAACAGAUGUACCGCGAGAUGGCCCCGCGGUUCGAGGAGAACCGACCCCGCAGCGGUGUGAAUAUCCCCCAAGAGCCGCAGGUCUCCAGCGCGGCACUAGCGGCAGCCUCGUUCUCGAGCGGGUUUUCGGGGGGAUCCCUCGCAAGUUUGAAGGCGUCGGGGUCCGAUUCCGGGUUGGACGUUCCCGGACGCGCCGAGGAGCUCAGCUUCAUGCGAAUGUACGGAGGAUUCCGGGACGAAAGCGCGAUGCGUGAGGCUUUGAAUGCGGCUCGCGAGGGCGCUAACGUUGCCCGCGACGUCACAAACGUGUCCCGGGACGGUGUGAACGGCCCCCGCGAGGGUGUGAACAUGCCCCGCGACGUUGUGAGCGUGCCCCGGGACAGUGUGAGCGCGCUCCGCGAAGCCCAGCUCAGCAACGGCGGUCAUUUGAUGAACGCGUUUUCGAGGGCUCCGGACGGGUGGAUCGCGAAACAGGACGAGGGUGCGCGGCUAAGCCUGGCGUUCGAGCAAGAGCGGCGGAGCGAGUUGGACAGGGACUCUGCGCAGCAUUUGGAGUUCUACCGGUCUCAGCAGCUGGCCCUACCGGUCAAGCCCCCCGCCCGCCUGGCAGCCCACGACCCUUGGGCUCGCGAUUACGCAGGGUUCUCCCCCGAGGCGCUGGAACACCGCUCGGAGAAGGACGACUCCAUCUUCGUCGAAUUUUCGCCGCAGGACGACCUGUGCCCGAAAGUGAACAUCAGCCAGUUGCCGGCGAAGUUUGUCGCGACGUUCCUGUCGGGGGAUCCGAAUCGGCCCGGAUUCGAGUACAACGCGGAACAGUACGCAGAACAGCUCUUCUCCCGCUACGGCGCUGUUUCCAAGACGCUCGUCCGCGAGAACAAGAACCACCCCGGCAAGUGGUUCGCGAUCGUGGAGUUUAGCUACUGGACCAACGAGGAGGUGCGUCAGAGGCUGGUGGCUGGAGAGCAGAUUCGGUUCGCCAACUUCUUCGACGGCGAGGACGUCUACGUGCGCCGCCACAAGGACAAGCAGAGCAAGAUGCUGCGCAGCGGUUCGGGGCCUUCCUCCGGCCUCCCGUGCCGCCCCGACUGGAAAUACACCGGGACCGACACGCGCCUCGGGAAACCCCUGUACCGUGGCCCGUGUUCGAUGUGCGGUCGUGAGAGUACUGUUCCGUUCAAACCGGUCAUCAACGGGCAGCCCCCCCGGUGCCGCACGUGCCUCCCUCAAGAUGGGAAUUUCGCCGCUGCGGGGGGGUACACGCCCCAAGCGAUGCCACCCCCCCGGUACGAGGAGCCGCGCGACGGGGGGCUGAUGUCGCUGCGCAAGGAGACGCUGAGGACGCUCAGCGGGAACCGCGUCAGCAGCGAGGUGUUUCUCUCCGGGGGGGCGGAGUCCGGGCGCAGCGGACCCCCCCACUACGGGAUGGACCACCAGGGGUUCAGCGACCUCGCGCGCGCGCAGAGCUUCGCGGGGGGUGACGUCAGCAGGGCCGUCGCUGACGCCAGCAGGGGCCACAGCAACGUCAGCAAGUUUGCCCGCGAGUACGGCAGCUCCGUGACGGGAAUGGGUGCCCCCCCCACAACAGGGGGAGUACCGCCGCACCACUAGCCUCGGCAGUGCGGACUGGAGUUUCUCGCAUCCGGGCGAGAGGGACGGUUUCAUUUCGGGGGGGUCGUCUGGCGGCUUCUCGGGUGGGGCGGCGGCGGAGACCAUGGCGAAGCGGUUUGAAGCCGGGUGGGG